CCAACUGUGCGCCACACGUUCUGGGGGCUGUACUUUGGGAACUUGGCAAGAGGAAUCAAUUUGUCAUUCAACCAAUCAACCGUACAACGUAUAUGUUCCAUGAAGACGCUGAAGGGAGCACAGAAAGUUACCUUUCUCGCCGGUCCAAUCUACUGGCUGUCUUUUACACUCUCCAUACUAAUCGGUAUCGUGGCUUACUCCUAUUACGAUCAUCUGGGGUGCGAUCCGCUUGCUUCUGGUCAAAUCACCAACCCAAAUCAGAUCAUUCCCUUCCUGACUGUGGACAUAUUCAAAGGUAUCCCUGGGAUGCUGGGACUGUUUGUGGCAGCUCUCUGUAGUGCCUCACUGAGCACUAUUUCCUCUGGGCUGUCCAGUCUGUCGGCCACAACCUGGGAAGACAUCCUCAAGCAUCACCUGCCAAACCAUUCCGACUUCAAGGCAACACUUGUAGCUAAAGUAGCAGAUCAGUGUCUGAAACUCAGCAGAGCAAACUGA